UGUGAGAAGAAUAAACGAAUAUAAUUGGUUAAUUCCUUAGGGCUUAAAGCUUAUUACAUCUAUUGUAAAUCUGGCCUUAGGUCUUUGAAUAUAAACGUGGUCGAUGGCGCUAGUACAGAUGUCGCUAACAAUCUUGAUUCAAAUCAAACGGAAAGUCGUUAUCCCUUCCGGCUUGCAUGGAGAGUUAGGGACUCUACAUCGUUUUGAUGAGCCCGCCAAAGAGCGAACGGCGCUCGGUGCGUAGUCCGUAAGAUCAAAUAGUGCGUUUCUCGUCGCGUGAGUAUUAUUUGUUAUUGUUCUUCUCGCGUGUAAAACACAUCGUAAUGUUGCUCGAAUCUGUGCCGUCUGGAUCGAAGAAUUGAAUCGGUACGCGCUGCGUGUUUACGGCGAAAACGCGAAAAUUCUUAUACACACAAGACAAACGGAAUUCCGCCCGCGCGGUUCGGCACCAUGAACGCCCGAUCGAAAGAUGAGAUCCGAGAUGUGAUUCUCAAGGAUCUGCAAAACAUUCACGAUCGUCGUACGGAGAUGUUGAAGCGGCUCACCGAGAAUGUCGAGGACAGUUUGUCCUACAUGCGAGAGCUCUUCGCACAGUUGUCACAACCGUCGUCCGGACCGAUGGUCCCGAAGACUCCAAAGGUACUGCGGAAGAAGGCGGUCCAGCGUAUCGAAACUAUACUGGAGGAUGAGGUAUUUCAGCAGCAGGAGAACGUUUCGCCGGCGAGUUCCCUUCAGUCUAUCAAUGAGGAAGUGCGGAAGGAAAGUGAGAUGACAGGCAGCAGAACCAGCAAAAGGGGAGCGUCUAAGAGAGCAGCUGAUAAUAUCAAGAUACAGAGCUCCAUCCUGAAUAAUUCAGUGAAGAAGAUGAGGAGAGAAAGCCAGAUUAAAAGAAAGAAGUCCACGGUGAGCAGUUCUGACGAAGACAACGAAAGGGCUUCUAAGUACAGUAAAAUAGAAGAAAAUUUAACGGAAGCAAAAGAACCUGUGAAAAAAAUGACAAGGAAGAAAUCUAAGCAGAUUUCUCAGCUCGCUGCGCCCGAAACUGAAACAGCUAAGGAGUCUAAUGAUACUGAAAAGACUAAUGAAGAUGAUAACUUUGAGUCGCCGGUUUUACGACGGUCGAGUAGAGUGAGCUCUAAUUUACAAAGUAAAGAUGUGAAUAAAGUUGACGCAAUUGUCGCAAUCAGUGCAGACGAUGUUGAAGAACCAUCUAUGUAUGAGGAUGCGAUUGGAAAACCUGUUCCAAUUAUGAAUUCAACUUUAAAGAACAGUCUCCUUGUGCCUUCUGAGAAAACGUUAAAUGUGGCAGUAGUGUUGGAGCGUUUGCAACAGCGACCAAAAUUAAACGAAACGAUAGUCAUUCAGAAGGCGAACGCGAACAAUAGUAAAAGGUCAAAAGAAAUGGAAAAUGUUAAGAUAACAGACAAUAUGCAGUCGUACCAACAAGCAUAUACACAACAUAACGACUGCAACGGAUUAAUUACAGACGAUGAGUCGUCGCCCGAAAUUAAAAAACCGAAGAAACAAUUGGGGGGUAAGAAACAACUGAAUAAGAAUCAAGGGAAAAAUAUUUUGUCGACGUCUAGCGAGGAAGAGAUUCCUAACACUCCGAUAUCGAAAAUGCGUAAAAACGUACAAGAAAAUAAAGUUAUGUACAAAUCGAAUGCGUUAUUUAGUCCUUACGCAAAGGAAUCUGUGAAAAAGCGGGUUGAAGCGUUCGAACAAGUGGUUAAGCAAAGCCCGAAAUCAGUUGAAGUGGACGCUCCAACAAGAAUGACUAGAACAAAAACUCGUGCAAUGGUCAACGCGGAGGCAGAAAUAAAAUGUGGAGAGAAAAAUGUUACACAGAUAUUAGCUCGUAAGUCACUCGCGAAAGCUAAGAAGAUUUCCUUAGCGAAGCAAAAGAAGAAUGAUGACGAGUUUAAAGAGGUAAAGGAAUCUGCGAACAAGGAACAAUUGCCAGAACGAAUUAAUAAAUUACUUAUGACUCAUAUUGACAAACCAAAUAUAAAGCAAAUGUCACAAUUGAAAACAACACCGUUAAAUAAAUUAAAAUUGAUGCAGCCGUCGCUGUCCGUGACUCGUCUUCACACUCCUUCAAACACGCAAAACCUUUCGAACUAUCCGAAAGCUUUGACUGCUUCACGUGCGAAUAUCGUUACUAAUGUGGAAUCUUUUAUUCAACCUCCAAAAAGUAUGACUAAAACUAAUUCAGUGGAGAAGCUGGAAGAAAAGAAGCGACACGAGGAGGACGCGAGAAAGAAGAGAGAUGAAGCCUUGAGAUUACAGACUGAAGAGAAGAGAAGAAAGCGCCAAGAGAAGGAGCUUAAAAACAAAUUAGCGAGAGAAGCUAAAGAAAAACAAGAAUUAGAGAAACGGCAGAAAGCCGAGAAAGAGAGGGAGGAGAAGGCAAAAUUAGCUCUUUUAAUGCAGGAGAAACAGCGUGAGGAGUUGGAGAAGAAACGUUUUGCUUUGCAGCAACGGGCGCAGGAAAAGGAAGAGCGCCGCAAAUUGGAGGAGCAACAGAGAUUGCAGAGAUUGCAGGAACAGGAGGAGGCUGAACGUUUGCUCGCCGAACAAAGGCGUCGGGAGCAAGAAGCUGAGAAACGCAAGGAGGUGGAAGCAAGGGCCCAACAAGCCGCUGCUGAAGCAUUAAAACAGAAAAACUUACUUGUGGCUCAAGCGGCUAAAUACAAGCAACAAACGACACAGACUAAUAAUAAGAACCAAGCUGUCGUGAAUUAUGUGUUAGAUAGUGAACCUGAUGAUGAUGAUUCAGAUGAUGAAAACAGGCCAAAACAUGAGAUACCACAUUGGGCGCAGGCGCACGUCCGAAAAGUGCAACUUGCCAUGCAGCAAUACAUUCCCGAUGCAAUAGUUUACAAGUUUUUCAAUACUCGUAAAUGCACACCAGAUUUGACUGAAUUGUUUCACGGUAUUGAUAGGAGUCGAUUGAAGCGUACAUCCAGUGCAAUCUGGAAAACACCACCGCGUAUUUCCAUGAUGGAAACAGAGUUUGUUGAGCCAAAAUUGCCAAAAUGAAAUUAAAUUACAUAGAGAUACUUAAGGACAUGAUCAGAAGCGUUAAAUACGAUAUUGCAUGCAUUAUUAGUCGAUGAUGAAAUGUAUUAUUUCAGGUAAAUCGUUUUAACUCGAAAAAUAUGAAGGUCCAUUGUUUAUUGUUAUAUAAUGUUUACAGAGUGACAAUAAUGUAUGUACGUAGCAUCUUUACAACUUAAAAAUGGCUAAUUUUUCUUAUUAUUUAUAUAUUGUCAUUCGGCAGGUUCGACAGACAAAGCAGAUCAGUGAGUGCUCAGUAAUUCUUUAAUAUGAUUAGUUCUCACCUUUAAUGCUUUGCUGAAUUUAGAAACUAAUAAUAAAGAAUUAUUGAACGUUUACUAAUUUGUUUUGUCUGUUGAACAUGUUCAUUAUUGGCUGAAGAAAAAUUAAAGCCUAUAUAUGUAAUUAGAUGAUCAAUUUAGUUAGUAAAUAAUUAGAUCAAAAAAUGAUUGUUAUAUGAGUACGAGUUUCACUAAUCUGAAUAAUGAAAAUCAAUAUUUUAUUUCGAUUUAUAUAAUGCGUAAAAUAUUUUUACUAUUUUAUUAAUAUUUGCAAGGGAGAGUUUUAAAGAAGUCAGUUCAUGGAGAAUUAACGUAGUAGAUUCGAUCUUGUAGAAGUGCCUUUAAUCCUUUCCGUUGCAGGAAAGUGUAGUGGUUUUAUUGCUCUUCUUGAAUAUAUCUUUUUACUGUAAUUAAAAAUAUUUUUACUAAAUUAUGAAUAUAUAUAUAUAUAUAAUUGGAUGAGCACUCUGUGUGAUAUCUCCAGUAAUUUGAAAUAAAAAUGAAAAUCCAUACAUAAGUUCCGUUUUCUGUCCAAGCAAGAGUGUCAUUUGUGCCUCUAUAGGUUUUAAAGAAUACGUUGGCAAAUGCGUAUAAAUUGGUAUCUAUAAUAAGAAAUUUUAAGUUCAAAUAAUUUUAUAUAAUAAUAUAUAAUAAAAUUAAUCUUACAUGAUAUGUAUUUCAAUAUAAAGCAAUGUACUCACA